GUACUAUCCGAUACUGUUGGCAACAUGAAUAAAUUGUCUUUGCCGUGUUGGCAUAAUAGAUUUAAAAAGUUAACAAUAAAAACACACGACAAGUUGUACCUAGCGGCGCGAGUCUCAUUUUUCCCUCUCACUCGAAUAUAAACCAGCAAAUAGCAGCAAAUACUGUUUUCUUCAUGGUCCAUCUGGCCUAAAGUGAGGAAGUGAAAGAUCCUGCAUAAAAGUUUGUUCAAAACUGCUGCUCCGUGUUAGUCGUAAGGCUACAUCAACCACGGCGAGGACAAAAUUUUGUCAUGGCGGCAAACAAACUCAGGUGGCUCAAGGCGUGAGAUUGCAUCCAGAACUAUCCCGGAGGCUGUGCAUCUGGUCUGGGUGUAGUACAAUUUCUACACAUCGUGUCAUCAUCAAUUCCUGUUUACCUACACAUCGUGUCGACAAAAUCGUCAAUAACCAUCGUUUUGGCGGUAAGGUAAACCGGCAAAUCCGCGGGAAACCCAAAAUCGGACUGCGCAUGCGUGAGUUUCUUCAAAAAAAAAAAAACUUUGCAUCUCUAUAGACGAAUUCCGAGUUUCUCGACGUGACAUUGGCAGAAGUGUCAUUAAAAAAAAAGCAAAGUGAAGUUUUGUUUCAAAGUUUUACCGGCAUUAUUUCUGUGUUAUUUCUGUUUCCAUUACUUGAUUACUAUUGUAAAUCUCGACAAAUUCGCUAAAUAAUGGAAGAUACCGACCGAAAAAGUGCAAUUGCGAGGCGUGCCUAUUAUAAGGGCGCCAUAACAAAACAAAAGGCCAAGCUGCAACAAGAAAAUCUCAACUUGGCAAGUGCUGAAAUGCUUAAGCUCAAAGAGGCCAAACUGAUAAAGAUAUAUGCACGGGCACUUGCACUGGAGUCCAGCAAUGUUCGUGACAAUACAGUGAAGGACAGAGAGGUCAACAUGAGAGCUGGUUCUACUCUACAAGUGAGUCAAGCCAAAACAACCCACGUAGCUGUCGACGCAUCAUGCAACUUCUGCGGUAAGUCAGAGCACAAAGUUUUUAACUGCCCUAAGUUCACACUUGCCUCUUAUAAGGAACGCAUAGCAUUUGUAAAUUCUAAACAGCUGUGCAAAAUUUGCCUAAAUAGCCACAAAAACAAAUGUAAAUAUCAUUUCAAAUGUCAGAUUUGCAAGCUAGGUCAUAACACACUUAUUCACAAUAGCGAACAAGUACCUAGCCAACAUCAAUCGUCAGGACCACAACGUAAGGCCACCAACAACCACUCUGAAGAGACUGUAGCCCUGUUGUCAGGGACAAAUAACUGCGGUCAGGUGCUUUUACCUACUGCCAAGGUAGAAUUAGUUAGCCGAGGUGGUAGCAAAAUAAUUGUAAAGGCACUUCUAGAUUCAGCGAGCCAAUCAUCCUUUAUUACAAGUAAGUUGGCAAAACAAUUAGGCAAACCCUUGGUGCCAAAUAAAACUGGUGUGAUUGGAAUAGCCAACACCAGCAAGACUAUAAGUCAAGCUAUCACCACUGAGGUGUAUUCAUGUGCAUACCCAUAUAAAGUUACUGUAAACUGCUUAGUCACUGAUGCAAUAACAGCCAAGUUGCCGCAGUGUGGGUUCAGUUUAGCUGACUUAAAUAUACCCAACAAUAUCAAGCUGGCAGAUGACACAUGCAAUGAUCCUAGUGAAAUAGAUAUUUUACUCGGCGCUGAUAUAUUUUUUCAGACCCUGCUGCCGCAGUCUGAAGAGCUCACCCGCCACCACCGCGAUGCUGCACAACCGCGCCUAGUUCAUACUCAGUUUGGGUACAUUCUGGCAGGUAACCUUCCUGAAUUUUCACAUGGGAAUUCUGCUGUUUCUCUAUUCUGUAGGGACUGUAAGACUGAUCUUAACAGCACAAUGAAGCAAUUUUGGCAAAGCGAGAGUGUGCCUCAGGAGUUCACAGAACAUGAGUCUGAGAAAGUACAGUGCGAGGAGCAUUUUCAAAAAACUGUAAAGUUAGAAAACAAGCAAUUUGAGGUUUCAAUACCAUUAAAGGUGCCUAUCUAUGAUAUAAAUAAUUAUAUAGGUGACUCUCUUAGUCUCGCUUUAAAAAGAUUUUUGAAUCUCGAGAAAAAACUUCAUAAUGACCCGUCAUUAUUCAAAGAAUACAAAAGUUUCAUAGACGAGUACAUUGACUUAGGCCAUGCGAGUAGUGUAGACAUCAGUCAGUAUGACCUAAACAAAGAUCCUAUAUACUUCAUUCCACAUCACGCCGUAUUAAAACCUGACGCAGUAAGCACGAAACUUCGUGUCGUCAUGGACGCUGGUAUGAAGGGAUCCAACAAAAUGUCACUGAAUGACCUAAUGCUAACUGGUCCAGUAAUACAAGCUGAUAUGUUUGACAUCUUAUUGAGGUUUAGGGUGCAUAAAUAUUUCUUUCUCUGUGACAUACGUCGCAUGUACAGAAACAUCCUGAUCACUCCAGAGCAGCGCUCCUUACAAAACAUUUUAUGGCGGGACAGCCCGCAGGAGCCAAUAAGCUGCCUGCAACUACAAACUGUGAGCUAUGGGCUCCGCAGUUCAUCAUUCCUAGCCACACGAUGCUUGUAUGAGCUAGCAAUAAGAUACAAAGAUGAAUUCCCUUUAGGGUCAAAAGCAAUUCUUCAAUCAAGUUAUGUUGAUGAUAUUGUACAAAGUCACAAUGAUCUCGAUACCAUCAUUAAUAUAAAGAGGCAGCUAAUUGAUUUGCUUUCACUUGGAAGUUUUAAUCUACACAAGUGGUGUGCUAAUAAUAGUGCAAUUUUAAGUGACAUACCCACCGAGAAACAGCAGCAUUCCGAUGAACUUGAAUUUUAGAAGGAGAUCAAAACACUAGGGCUAAAGUUCAAUGUAAAUAACGAUUCCUUUCAAUUUGCUCCUAUGCUUGAGCAGCCUGCUACCACAAAGAGGCAAAUAUUAAGCUUUAUAAGCCAGUUUUUUGACCCGCUUGGUCUGGCUGGUCCUUUAUUUGUGCAGGCAAAGGAAAUCAUGCAGUCGCUUUGGAUCUCUAAGGUAGGUUGGGACUCUGCACCCCCACCAGAAAUAUUAACUAAGUGGCAGGAAUUUUAUAGUAGUUUAACCAGAAUGCAGCCGCUUACAAUUAAACGCAAUGUGUGCUUAGAUAACCAAACAAAUGCUGAGCUAGUCGGCUUUUCCGACUCUUCUGCUAAGGCCUAUGGCUGUGCUAUAUACUUGAGAGCAACAGAUAAAAAUGGUAAGAUAUCAAUGUCACUGAUUUGUUCUAAGUCUAGAAUAACUCCACUAAACAGUAAUCUGUCAAUGCCUAGACUUGAGCUAAACGCGGCCCUUUUGUUGGCUAAAACUAUGGCUAGGGUGUAUGAUUCAUUAAAAGAUGAGUUACAGAUUCAAAAUGUGUAUCUUCAUAGUGAUUCACAAGUAGUGUUAGCUUGGCUCAAAACUAACCCAAUCAAGCUGAAUGCUUACGUUGCUAACCGCAUUAAGUUAAUGCAACAAUUAACAAACAAUUAUCUAUGGUCUUAUAUUAAAACAGACCAAAAUCCAGCUGAUUGCCUGAGCAGAGGUGUCAGCCCAUGCGAUUUGAUGCAACAUCCACUAUGGUUUAACGGUCCCAAGUUUAUGUUAGAUCCUGAUUAUAAAUUUACCGAGUUUAACUAUGAGGCGGCUAAGUGUAAUUUACCAGAAGUUAAGGUAGUGUCAGGUGAGUUGAACGAAGGUGGUCAGGUCUGUGCAGCAUCGCUGAAGGUAAACGAUGUUGUAGGGAAUAUCAUUACAAAAUAUUCUUCUAUAAGUAAGGCUCAACGAGUACUUGCCUAUGUGCAACGCUUUAUAAGCAAUCUAAAGAAAACAAGGUCUGAACAAAUAAAAUGUAACUAUUUAACAUAUUCAGAGUUGAAUCAAGCUUUGCUUCUUAUAAUAAAGCAUGAGCAAAUGAAAUACUUUUCAAGUGACAUUAAAAGGUUACAAGAAGGAAAGCAAACUGAGUCAUCAUUGAAAGGUUUAAAUCCAUUUUUGGAUGCAGACGGCUUGUUAAGAGUCGGUGGUAGGCUGCAACAUUCUGCUUUGCCUUAUGCCCAAAAACAUCAGAUUAUCUUACCUAAUGAUUCAUAUGUAACACAGUUGAUAAUUAAAAAUGAGCAUGUAAAAUUGUUA